AUGCUUUUUCUGAAAACAUUGUCAUCCAGGUUGUGUUUAUAUAUUCAGUUCCAGAACGUGAAAGUUCUCAACAAAAUGUUACAAAAAUUAUUAAUUUAUUUGGCUAUUGCUGCUAUAGUUUCGGCUACGGGAAAUGGUUGCAAACUUGGUAAUGCAAUCAAUAAGCCCGUUAUUGAUGGUCAGCCUUUUUAUUGGCCAGCUUCAUGGAACGAAACCCAACCAGCUCCUCAGCUUGAGAAGGAGCAGUCGUGCAGUUGGAUUGUGACAAUUCCACGUGGAUAUUAUGCAAAACUGAUAAUCAGUGGAAAGACAACUGACAAGGAUUCAAGAUUCCAAACUGUCGAUUCUGCAGGAAAUCUUAUUCAAACAACCCACGAGAAAAUGGAACCUUAUUACUUUCCGGCUUCAAAGUUCACUCUUGCUGUCUCCAACGAAGGAUUUGCUACACUUGGUUUCAAAGUUGUCUGGUUUCCUCUUCCAUCAGUGAAUACCAACUAUGGCGUUGGAGCUGUUGGAGCAGUUUUGGAUGUAACAAAUGAGGUUCUUGCCAUUGAAUAUGGUUCAACUGGUGGACUCACUUUAAUGGCCUUCCCUGCAGACGAUAAAAAAUAUCAUUCGUUGAGAAGCGCUCUCAUAUUCGAAGGAAAUGGUCUGCAAAGUGGAAACUACAUUUCGAAUCUUUACUUACUCUACCAGUCGAAGAAGCAAUGGGUAUCAAGUCAAGACAGUAUUGUAAUAGUGAACCUCGACGCUAGUCAGGUUAACGAUAAACUUCUCAUCCAAGCAUCUAGAUACUUGACUGGAAUCAGUGAGACGGUGGAAAUCCACCCGCAGUUGAACUCAACCUAUAAUGUAACUGUAAACGGAGGGACACGCAUGUCUUCUCUUGUUGCUGUUUCCGAUAUCACAAUGCACAUGGUUGAUGUUCAGAUGAAAGAUGAAUCUACCGUCACAGUCUACGAUGGUUCUCCAAGCGCAUUUACAUUUGAUAAAACCUAUACCAAAACACAACUUAAGAACGCAUUCCCACUGUCGUUCGGCGGAUAUUUUGUGCAGUUUGUGGUCAGCAGUGGCAAAGCUGUUUUCACGUUCAAGAGCUAAUUUUUAAAUGUUUUUUUUAUAAAUAAGACCUACAAAUUCAUACAGAUGGUUUGCAAACUUUGA